UGAAAAAAAAAGUCAUGUCGACCACCACAAUUGUCAUCAUCCCAGGGGCUUGGCAAAAGCCUGUGGCGUGGGACCGCUUCAUCCGGGAGCUAGAGGCCGCCGGCCACAAAGCCAUUCUGGUGUCCCUCCCCACAGUUGGCGGCACGGAGCUGCCGCUCAAAAGCCUCGAGGACGAUGUUGCCGCCGUCCGCGGCGUGCUAGCGCGCCUGGCAGAGGAAAAGCGCGAUGCGCUGCUGCUCUGCCACAGCGCGGGUGGUUUGGUCGCGAGCAGUGCUGUCGAGGGCGUGGGGAAUGUGGCUGGAGUCGUUUACGUCACUGCUUUCAUGGUGCCCAGGGGUAGGUCGCUGCUUGACAUGAUGGGCGGACGGCCUUUUGAUUGGAUGGAGGUGUUGGAGGACCGCGUGCUGGCCAAUCCCGCGCUAUUGCCGCAGGUGGCUUUCAACGAUCUGGACGGCCCGACACGAGAUGCGGCAAUCGAGGAUAUGACCCAUACUUCCAUAAAGCUCUUCUCCAGCCCUUGCACCUACGAGCCUUGGUCAAACGGCGUCAAGUGUGGGUUUGUCUUUUGCUCCGAGGACAACGCUGUGCCGCUGCCGAUCCAGCAACAAAUGGCUGCACAGCUUGGACCUGAUGCGAUUACUGCGACGGUCAAGGCUGGACACUGUCCAUUCGUCAGCAUUCCCCACGAGCUACUUGAUGCGGUUGAGAGUGUCUCUCGUCGCUUGCUCUAGGCCCUCGAAGCUUCCACAGCGGCUAGACUAGUCUGGGGGCUAAAUGGGUGAACCGUUACUAAAGCACCCUGGAUUGUAUACAAGUCUGAACAUCAAAAAGGUGCCGAUGCUAUAUAAUCUACUCACUCAACCCACAAUCUCCUCCAUGCUUGCCUCUUUCUCAGAAUUCCUUGGUGGCCCGCCAGCCGGCAGUUUGAGGGUUGUGGAUCGUUUCCUCGG